UGGUUCACCAACAUGUCUGCUCAAAGCAUACCUAGCUCGUUCCGAGCCGUCGUAGCUUCUCCUGAUCUUCGAACACCAACGAUUCAGUCGAUCGUCCUCGAUGAUCUACAAAAGGGAUACGUCUUGGCCGAACACCAAGUACUUGUGAAGAACCACGCAGUGGCACUCAAUCCUACCGAUUACAAGCACGCACAUGGUGACUGGACGUCUCGCCAGCCUGUUGUGAUGGGUACCGAUGGAGCUGGCGUUGCGCUAGCGGUCGGCUCCGAAGUCCGACACGUUAAAGUAGGAGAUAGGGUAGCGGGAAUGGUUUAUGGUGCCUCGUCGCGAACGAACGGUACGGCAGCAGAAGUGACCAUCUAUGACGCAGCCCUCUUAUGGGCGAUGCCAGAAGGCAUGAGCUUCACCGAAGGUGCCGCUAUCACGGCAACCCAUCUGACAGCGGUGCAAACGCUCUACAUGCGCUGGGAUCUCGCCAGGCCUUCGAAACCGGACACGUCAGAGGUCAAGAAAAUCCUGCUUGUUUGGGGAGGCGCUACUGCAGUUGGGCAUCAUGCCAUCCAGCUCGCUCACCUGUCCGGGUAUCGAGCUUUUGUCACUGCUGCACCUGAUCACCACUCACGGCUCAUGGACAUGGGUGCUGAAAGGUGCUUCGACUACCGCAAUCCGGACAUCGUCCAGCAAAUUCGAGAGGCUGCGGGCGAACAGGGAAUAUUCGCGGCGUACGAUACCCCGGCCAGCAACAAGUCGACCGAGUCUUGUAUCGACGCCAUUGGCCCUAGUGGAGGUAGAGUAAUGUCGACCUUGCCCCCCUCGGAAGAAGUGGUGUCUCGACGACUGGAUGUCGAGCUCGAGUUCGUCCUAGUUUACACGCUCGUCGGAUACGCAUUCAAAUUUGCCAAUGCUUUCGACUUUCCGGCCAAUGCGAACGAUCGCAAGCAGUCCUACGAAUGGGUGACUGAAGAGCUGCCCGCUAUCUUUGCGGGAUGGGAGGAAGGGCAAGGGUCAAGCCGAUACACUCCCCAGGCCCUUCGGGUGGGACACGGGCUUGAGCGAGUGCAUGAAGGUAUCGCCAUCUUGGGACGGGGCUCGUACAAGGCGGAAAAGUUAGUCUAUACCAUCGUUUGAGCCUGUAGUUAGACGUUCAUCGUCUGGAUGUGAUUGCUGCCAUGAUUUGGUCCGACCAUCCAGCUGAGAUCCAGCGCAGUUGACCAUGCAAAGUUGUCGGCCCAAACCGUGACUGGAUUGCGACCACGUUUGAGAUACGGCGCAUCAAAUUGUCAAUGAUUAAGAUGAUGU